AUGGCGGCUGUCGUUGCAACAGCCGAUAUGAUGAUUCAAAGGAAUUCACAGAUUUUAGUAAAUGUUGAGGAAGCUCUUGAAGACCUAAUUGUGGUAUCAUAUUGUGCAGAAGAUAAAAAAUUCCAAGGCGUACUUUUGGACUCAAACAAGGGUAAUUUACCAUUUGGAGUGUACAGCCUUAAUCCAGCUUUCUCAAAACAAGUCGAAAAUACCGAUACUAAAGAUGAUAAACUACAUUCCGCUAGUCAAAGAUUCACAUAUCAAGAGCCACAAUACGCUGUGGAAAGCUUUCAAAAAUCAAAGAAGACAUCUACAAAGGCGAAACCCCAGCCCCGACAAAAGAUGACAGUGAGAUUGAGGCCUAGGAAAGUGUUGUGUUCUAAUUGCCAGGGAAUUUGCAAUGAAAACAGCGAAAAUGUAGACGUGUCCAAAAAACGCAAAUUAGAUUCGGAUGACGAUCACCCCAAGGGCUCUGAGUCAUCGAAGCUGGAAAAAAAGUAUCUAAUGGGUAGCAUGUUGAUUCCUAAACUAUCUAGGCUUCAGCCGGGUGAAAUAACGAGUGCUAUCAAAUCCAAAAGUGUAUCAAAACCGAGUGAUAAAAGUAAAAGUGCGAGAAAUGUAAAGUCGUGUGACGAUACUGAAAACGAAACCAGGGAACUAGCUUUCGUCAGUGUGUCCGACAAUAGUGAUUUAUGUGAUAAGGAAGAAUAUAAAGACAGUGAUAAUUCGUUCAGCAAUUUAUUUUCAAAUGCUAGAACACUCAAAAUAUGUUUUGGUGAAGGGGAAGGUACAGUUGUUAAAAUACCUCCUAUCAGUGGUGAUUUUAACGAAGAUUCCGGUGUUUCCUGUGAUAUGGCUAAACCAACAAAACCUGACUCAAAAGCUGUAAAGAAAGCAUUGAAAAAAGCAAAGAAACAAGCAAGGAAACAAAGCAGUAUUGAAAAAACUGUUGAUAUAUGGAUAGGUCAUUCCCCAAAGCAUAUUGGGGCUUUGUCACCUCGCAAUAACUUGUCAAAAAACUCCACAACAAUAGAUUUACUAGAAAAGAAGCAUAAACAUAAGGUGAAGCAUAAAAAAAAGCAUAAAAUACAGAAGCAGCACGAUGAGAACACUUCAAAAUGUGAAGAUGAUAUUGAAUAUUUUGGGGAUAUUAAAAAUGACUGUCUAAAGCAGAAACUGUCAAUCAAUUUGCGUAGAUUAAGCAGUAACUCUUAUGAGCGUAGAGAACAGGAUUGUUCUGAUGAUGGGGAGACUGAGGCAGUGCCUGACUUCCCUGCCAACAGCACAGAGGGAAUUGGUGGAACAUUAUUAAGGGUUUCACCUGGUGACAUUGUAUGGGGGAAGGUAGUAGGGUUUCCGUGGUGGCCGGGCAGGGUAAUGAGUGUUACACCCACUUCUAGAGCUCAUGUAGCAUGGUAUGCAUCAACAACAUCAUCCUUAAUGCCAUGUGACAGCUUGAGCCCCUUCUUAGAAGAUUAUAAGAUGCGCUUCAAUAAAAAGAAAAGAGGUCCUUACAAAGAGGCAGUAAAGCAAGCAACAAUCGAGGCAAAGAGGAUAGAAUCUCACACGGAUCCAUUAGGAAGUCCCACCCACGUGAACCUAGCUACUCUAUCACCAAGACCCAUUGAUGUGUUCUCAUAAUCGUGUGCUUAUAAAUUAAUGUUUUAUAGUACAAUCACUUUUAUGAGUUCGGGCAAAUUAACUGCACAGAUAAUUGUUUAAAAAAUAUUGUUGAGUGAUAUACCUUCUCCAUUUUAUUCCAUUCGCUUCGUACGACAUCUGUCAGUUGUUGUUAUAUUACAAAUUUUAACAUAAAGCAACAAGACUUAUAAUUCAUUGGUGCCUACAAUCGUUAUAGGUUGGCCAAAGAAAAGUCCUUUAAGCUAUAACUAAAACUGCUGAUGUAACUCAUAAAAGUGGUAGUUAAAGGGUAUUUUAUUCUAUUUUAAAACUAUACUAUUAUAAAUGAUACUCAUUAUUCACGCGUCUUAUGGUCGGCGUAUGUCCGACUAGUUUCGAGUUAGCACUUUAACCAGUCUGACAAAACACAUGUGAAUAAAGUUGGAUUACUUUUAUAUUCCAUAAAUCAUUGCUUAUCAAGGUUAAUUUCAAUAACUAGUUUUGCCUAGAUAUGGGUUUAUUAACAACAAACAGUCUUGUGGACUCAAGUGGCGCGAAGUUGGUUGUUUUACAAGAAAUAACUACCGAAAUUGAAUAAGUUAUUAAAAGCAUUUAAACUGAUUUCCUUCUAAAUAGUUGUAUAUCUCCCUAUCGCUGUAAAUUCAUGCUCCAUUGGCUAAAAUUAGAUUCUAUUUAAUGUAAAAAAAAAAGUUAAAAUACCCUAUUUUUAUUAAGGACUAAGGUACACUGCCGACACAGACUGGAAGAAGGUAGACGAAUAUUCCACUAAUUAAAAGUUAUUAAAUUAGUUCAUGUCUUAGCGAGUCAUUGGGAGCCGCUGGAAACAAGUUGUCAAGGACCGUUGAUUUUGGAACUCCUUACAAAAUAUGUGUCUCCCUAUGUCCAGUAAUGGACGUCAAUCGACUGAAGUGAUGAUGAUACAACAUGGCGGCAUUGGGUCAUGUAAAUAUUUCAUUGCGUUAAAUUGGGUUUACAAUAUACUACAUUAUUUAAUUAAAUUGGACUAAGCAUGUGUCAUGCAAGUAAUAUGUCUCUACCAAUAUUUGGGCACUCUGUUUACGUCUAUCUUUUCCCUUAGUCUGAGACUGCCGAAUUAAGAAAUUGAUGUGAUAUUUACUAUCUGCACAAAACUCAUUGACCAUUAGUUUUAAGAUUACUUAAUUAAUCAGCAUUUGUGAAUAUUUUAUAGGUUAAGGCGAAUACAUAUUUUCAACAUGAUGCGAUCCCACGUUUUAACACGUAGCGUGGUUAAUUUACAUACUUGAUAAUUUUAAUGAUAACAGAACCAUUUUAAUUUUUUUAAUUAAAACUUUAGUGGUUGGUAUUAAUUAUUAUGAAAUAUUCGGCUUUAUUCACGUGUUUUGUCGGCGUAAGCCCGACGGUAACGUUUGUAAAUAGUCGGGCAUACGCCGACCAUAAAUAAGCGUAAGUAAAAGCCGAAUUAUUUCCUAGUAAUGAUAAAAGGACCUUUAAACUUUAACUGUUAAAUUAAAUGAUUUUCGUAUUUUAACUAUUUAUAUAUUUUUGUAAUUUCAAUCUUAUUGUACCAUAAAUAUUAUGGUACAAUAAGAAUGGUAUAUUAAGUAUGUUAUUUUUGUAUUUUAGCUUUAUAUAAAAAAAAAGUUAUGGCCAUUCCUUUCCUUAUUUAUCGGUUUUGAAUUAAAUGUUUACUUUAAAUAUUAACAUAGGGCUUAUUUUCAAUUGUGAGAUAAUCUAGGGGAUGAAGACAUUAUCAAUAAUUUAUUCCCGACGGGGUUCAAUUUUUGCCACGGGAUUUCGCGUUCCAGAACGACGUACAAUACAAAACAUGCCUGGAGAAGUAAUUAAAAAAAAUAUUAUUUAGAUUAACACGUCAUAAACUCACAAGUCACAUAAAAUUGAUUGAUUCCUCGGUAAGAGGUUCAUUAUAGGCGCUGGAAAAUAGCCCAAGUUAUAUUCCUAAUUUAAAUUAUAUGUUGCGUUAUUAAUUUCAUUUUUUUCUAAUUCAAAACCAA